GAGCCGCGGUGCCGAGAGGAGGAGGAGGAGGAGGAGGAGGAGGAGGGAGACAGCCAGAGAGAAACUUGUCUUGGGGAUUAAUAAGAGGCAGGAGGAGGGAGAGGUGCACACAGGGAAACAUCUGGACCAUGAAGGUGGCCUUCAGAUUGCUUCUUCCGCUUGUUCUUGUGCUGAUCUCGGAGGUGAGCGGGCAGAGGAGGAAGCCUCCCCGGAAACCCACCCGCCCGCCUCCCGAGUUUGUUGAGCCCGUCGAGCCCACAGAGCUGCCCCCACCCCUGCCACCGGGUCCCCCCUCCAUCUUCCCUGACUGCCCCCGAGAAUGCUACUGCCCCCCAGACUUCCCCUCUGCCCUCUACUGUGACAGCCGCAACCUGCGGAAGGUCCCCAUCAUCCCGUCCCGCAUCCACUACCUCUACCUCCAGAACAACUUCAUCGACGACCUCCCAGAGGAGUCCUUCAGGAAUGCCACGGGGCUGAAAUGGGUCAACCUAGACAACAAUCGCAUCCGGAAGGUGGACAGGCGGGUCCUGGAGAAGCUGGAAAACCUCAUCUUCCUCUACAUGGAGAAGAACCAGCUCAAGGAGGUGCCUUCCUUCCUGCCGCCCAACCUGGAGCAGCUGCGUCUGAGCAGGAACCAGAUCUCCAAGAUCCCUGCUGGGGUCUUCAACAAGCUGGAGAACCUGGUGCUCUUGGACCUGCACCACAACAAGCUAAGCGAUGGGGUCUUCAACAAAAACACCUUCAAGGGACUCAAGAACCUCAUGCAACUCAACCUCGCCCACAACAUCCUGAGGAAAAUGCCCCCUGGGGUGCCCAGUGCCAUCCACCAGCUUUUCCUGGACAGGAACAACAUUGAAGACAUCCCCAGUGACUACUUCAAGGAGUUCCCCAACCUGGCAUUCAUCCGGCUCAACUACAACCAGAUCUCCGACAAGGGGCUGCCCAAGAACUCCUUCAACCUCACCAACUUGCUGGUGUUGCACCUGGCCCACAACAAGCUCACCAACGUCCCUUUCAUCAGCCCCAAGCUGGAGCACCUCUACCUGAAUAACAACUCCAUUGAAAAAAUCAACGGGACGCAGAUCUGCCCCACCUCGCUGGUAUCCAUCCAGGACUUCUCCCCCUCCGACCUGGACAGCGUGCCCCGGCUCCGGUACCUGCGGCUGGACGGGAACCUCCUGAAACCCCCCAUCCCCUUGGACCUGAUGAUGUGUUUCCGCCUCCUGCAGUCCGUGGUUUUCUAGCCCUGCCCAGCAGCGCGCCUUUCCCAGGACUUGGCUUUGCACAGAGACUCGACCCCCGUCGGUGUUUGACACGUGGGACCCUUUUUGCCUCCCUCUCCCCCUGCUCGCACCCCGCCUCCACCCCUCUUGCCUUUUCCCCCUUUCAUCCCCUGCAGUGGCUGUGGACACGCGUGGCACGUGCGUCCUUGGGUACCGCUGUCUGCAGGACAGCACCGCGUCGCAGCAGCCAUCCCAGGUCGCAGCGUCAGCCCGGGGUGGCUGCCACGCUCGCCCCCAGCUCCCUGCCUGUGGGCCCUGCCUUCUCUUCCCUCACCCCAGGCCAGCCCUGGAGCUGGCUCUGUCUCUCCCCUCCCGCCCGGCAGAGUUUCAGGAGGUUGGAUUUGGUUCUAGCCAAAAGCAUCUCCAGGUGGAGCUGAUGAGGGAGCCCAGGGGCCACCUCGCUGCAGGACUCGGGUCAUAUCAUUGCUCCGGGUGGCUGCACCCGGAGAGCCCGCGAUGUCCCUGGGAAAACUCCCCAGUGACGGAGGUGGAGCGGGGAUGCCCUGGGCUGGCGUGCCGAGGGUGCAGAUGGCCACCCUGCAGCCUUGGGGUGCAGGGUGAUGCCAGCCUGGCGUAUGGGCAGCGGGUGGCCGGGGGGAGCGGGGUCCGCGCAGGCGGAGGGUGGCUGGGUCUGGCGCCGGCCGGCAGGACCGGCAACGACACCUCGUGGCCAGAGCCAUGUCCCAGGGCCCCGGGCCAGGGACACGCUCCUCUUGCCUGGGCCCUCCUGGGGGGCUUCAGCCUUGCCUCCGCGCUGCUCUCCAGGCCAAAAGGGUUAUUCCCUCAUGGUGGUGUGAAUUUGGCUGGAGGGAGUAGGGAGGGUGUCCGUCCCCUGCAGCCGGAGCUGGGCUCUCCUGCUCCCUGCGUGGGUUGCACCUUCCCUGUGGCAAUACACCACGCACUCUCCUUUGCAACACCAGCCCCCUCCCGCAGCCCCCUCCCCGGCUCUCAUCCCUCCCAGGCUCCCCCCGGCCCCGGCAGCAUCAGUCCACGGUGCCGCAGCCCCCUCCCAGCAUCCUGCAUCGUCCCCCUGCCCCGUGCUGCGGAGAUGCAGGGCUCAGCGCAUCGGCCCCACUCUGCUGCUUCCAGCCAAACCCUGCCCUCCCCGACGCGGGCAGGACCCAAAGCCUGCGGGACCCCGCUGCCAGCGACCUGCCCUGGGCACGGGACCCUCCCCGGGGCAGAGCAGAGCCAGCUGCUUUGCAGUGAUGCCAGCAGGACACUCGCCCUCGUAUUUAGGUACCUGGGACCAGAUGCUGACGUGGGUGUAAACCCGGGCUCUGCUGGGGCUGGGUUGACCGGUGAGAUCUCUGCUCUGCUCUCAUGGUCCCUCUGCCCUCCCGCCUCGAUUCCCACCUCCUGGAGGUUUUACUCUCAGUUGCUUUCUUGAACCAAACACACAUGACUGGUUUUGCCUUUUUUUUUUUUUUUUUUUUUUUUUUUUUUUAAGAAAAAAGGAAAGAAAAACAAAAGGGAAGAAUUACUCUUUUGGAUAAAGCUAUUUUUUAUUCCCCCUUCUCCCUGUUUUCAUGUGUAUCGCUUCCCUCUGAUAGCUGUACCUGCAUAUAUAGGGUGUCCGGGAUUAGGGGGUGUUAUUCUCUUUUUUUUCCUUCCUGAUUCUCAGGAUUUAGAUUUAAGGCCAAGCAUUAGAGGAAAAAAAAAAAAUCCAAUUGAAAUAAGCAUUAAAGUAAUAAACCAAAGAAACCAGCCGUUACCUCCUUUGUGUUCAGCCACCAAAACUGACCCUUCUCUGAGACGGGCACGGACGGGCACCGUGUCCCGCUCCCCGGGAAUGGGACAGGGAUGCUCCCCACAGCCUGGGGACACACCAGCGACCCUGCGAGCUGGGUGCUCCCCCCUUCCCAGCGCUGAAAGGCUCAUUAAACCCCCGUGCUAAUUCAGGCUUGGUUUUGCAUGAUAAAAGUCUCUUCUCCAAAUCUUCCUCCAGUGGGCUUUAUUGGGUUUGACAGGUUUCAACCUUAAACCCAGAGACCCUAUGUAUAUAUUUAUAUAUAAUGUGUAUAUAUACUGGUAGACUGUACAGAUAUAUCUACAGACAUAUGUAGUUCUUGACUGAUUUCAACUUAAUGGUAUUUUCACUCCUACUCUCCGCAGCAGUGAAAAUAAAAUGAUUCACAAGGGACCC